GUAAGGAGUUCGGAAGCUAAGUGCCCUUGGCUCUUUGGAAAUUAGCUAAAUACUAUAAGUUGCUUCUGUGAAUGUUCUACUAUUGUAAGUGCAAAGUAGCUCAAAGAGCAGGGGGAACGGGUGAAGCAAAAGCGCAUAGGGCCCACUGGCUGAUCUCGAUCCCUGAAACCUCCCUGAAAGCGAGCAGGCUCGGCAGCGACUGUUGCGCGCCGGUGUUGUGACAAGCAUACCCACUAAUUGUUUACCUUAGCAAACAUGGCCAUCGCAAUGCGCAUCCAGGCGCCUACUGCCUCCCGCGUUCAGUCUGCUUCGCGCGUCAUCGCCGUCCGCCCGGCUCGCCGCUGCGUGGUGGUGCGCGCUGAGGAGGUCGCUGCCCCAGCUGCUCCCAAGGCUGCUGAGAAGCCUGCUUGGACUGUGCCUACGCUCAACCCCGACACUCCCAGCCCAAUCUUCGGUGGCAGCACCGGCGGUCUGCUCCGCAAGGCGCAGACGGAGGAGUUCUACGUUAUCACCUGGGAGGCUAAGAAGGAGCAGAUUUUUGAGAUGCCUACUGGUGGUGCCGCUAUUAUGCGCCAGGGCCCUAACCUGCUGAAGUUCGCCAAGAAGGAGCAGUGCCUCGCUCUGACGACCCAGCUCCGCACCAAGUUCAAGCUGACCCCCUGCUUCUACCGCGUUUUCCCCGAUGGCAAGGUGCAGUACCUGCACCCUGCUGAUGGCGUUUACCCCGAGAAGGUCAACGCUGGCCGCGUCGGUGUGAACCAGAACAUGCGCCGCAUCGGCCAGAACGUGAACCCCAUUAAGGUCAAGUUCUCUGGCCGCAUGAUGUACCCCGCCGAGAUUUGAGCUUCUGGCAGCAGCUGGAGUUUCUGUACAGAGAGAAGAGCUUUUUUCAGUUGUAGGGCGCGGCUUGGUCAGGAAGCGAUGUUGAUGCUUGCAGCGUCUUUUCGCGCCAGGCUGGGCUAGCGCACAGUGGUAGCCCGGGAUGUGCGGGGAUAGUCUAGGGCUAGCAAACCACGUCCAAUUUAUUGCGAGGGACAUGUCGGUUGUGCGCAACCCCGCAGUUUUGAUGCCGACUUGUUGUGUGGUCAUUUGACGAGUGGAUUC